GCCAGUCCAAUUCAUUCAUCUCUACACCCUCACCACAAAAGCAUUGUUACGUCCGAAUGACAACUCGAAAUCUUUGUGCCUUACUGACAGAAUUGAAAAAGAUGCUUUGUGCUGCUACGCUUGUUGCUGAACCUAGAUCUCGUUGUUUCUGCUUUUCAUGACACUACAAAUGCAAAUAACCAGUCCGACCCCGCGCCGAUACUCUUUAAGAGGCCUGUAUUUUAAUAGAAUAGAAGAAUAAACAUCGGAUCAUGGCGCAAGUUCAACGGAGCAACUAUCUCCCCUAUAUUCAACAACACCUCGAUACCCAAGACGACGUAGACGGAACGAUUUUAGAAACUGUGUGUGGGAUAUGUCAGGAGAACAAGCUGGACAUUUCGAAGAGCGCUAGAGAAUUCACAUCAUCUGCCGCACCCCCGCCCGAGCAUUUCGAAGCUCACCCGUGUCUUUUCAACUAUGCAAGACACGGCAUCGAGCGGACCGUCGCCCUCGCAUGCGGCCACGUUUUCGGCGACCGCUGCAUCAGCGACGUGAUAGCACCCGGAUCAGACCUCACCUGUCCGUCCUGCGGAUUCCGGAUGUCGUAUCGAAGCUGCGGGCACGUCAUACGACCCGCUCUCCUCCCCGUCGCAGGCGACGAGCCCAUCCGAGACCGAUUCCCGACCACGAUCGCCGAGGGCGGGAGCGACCCGCACAACUGCACGGAAUGCCGAUGGAAGCUCAUCCGCACGAACCUCCGCUACAUCCUCGCGGACGAGUGCGUCACCUGUCGGCAAUGGGCCCUCGCGCGCGUGCCCCUAGACACGACGACGCAUCGCACGCACCGCGAACAACACAUCAGCCUCGGAUUACGACACGCUUUAGACGACCUCGUCGCCCUGAUCUGGCCGGAAUUCGUGACGCGCGAGACAGACACGUCGGCGAUGAAAGCCGCGACAGAUACCGAGCGGCGGCAAGUCCAUGUCUCGCUGCUCUACGCGAUGGUGCUGUCGGAGCUGGAAGACACGAUCUGGUACCGCACGAAAGCGGGCAAGGGGACCGCGCUUACUAAGGAACAGGCGAGGAAACACGCGCGUGGCGUCGCGGCGGUCGAGCAGAGUCUUCUGGGGUGGUUGAUGAAUUCGUCGCGGGAGGUUAGACGGAUGUGGUAGGGCUGUUGUUGUGUAUUAUACAUACCUGCCUAGGUGCUUGAGGUAUGGAUCCCUUGAUACAUACUUACAUGGAUACAUGUUGUUUUACCUAGGUCCUGGGUAGAUAGUAUCUAGGUGCAUUACACAUGGAAAUGUGUAGCUAAUGAUGAAUUAAAUACGAUAUACGAAGUAUGUACCUAGGUAUGUAUGAUAUGUGUAUGUUAUAAAUAGCUGGAACGGAACUGUCUAGCUUGACCAACAUAUG